AUGCGUCUCUUUGCAAGCGUUAUCGUACUUUCUUUGGUCUGGAAGCUGAAUUUUGCUGUAGUACAUGCUGCUGACGUACACAAUGGCCAGCAGCCCAAUGUUGCCGUGAUCGGCUCUUCAGCACAAGUGCAUAAAAUGGAAACUCCGGCUAUGGAAGGAAAGAUGAAACUUUGGAAAGAGAAAAAUGACGAAGAAGAUGAAUGCUAUGAAGACGACAAAGACUGGCAUCAUGACGAUGAUUGUGAGAGUGAUGAUGAACACGGCCAUAAAAAUAAGCGUCACUGCAAGUCAAAGCAUGGUUCAGAUGACGAUGACGAAAAGAAAAAACACAAGCAUUGUUCGUCCACUAAAACAGGCCUUUCUCCCACGGAUUUAUCAACAUUUGUUCCCAGUUUCACGCCCACUCCCAGUACAACGGAAUCAACUACGGAAUCAACUACAACAACCGAGUCAACUACCACAACUGAAUCAACUACAACAACUACAACAACUACAACAACUACAACAACUGAAUCAAGCUCUUCAUCGACUACGGAGCAACCAAGCAGCACUACCGAACCCGGACCAACGACGACUGGCACAGACAUUCCGACUCCAACCUUUGCCUGCACUCAGGAGAACUCGGGAUUUCAAUCAUGCGUUGAUGAAGGAGUAUCGCCAGUUUGGUAUUGGUGCGCUACAGAACAAUGGAUCGUUCAAACCUGCGAUAAUGGUACAGUUUGUAGACAAGGUGAUGAUGGAGGUGUAUAUUGUGAUUUCCCAUAAAAUAAACAAAGGCAAAU